AUGGCCGAUUCCACCACCACUUCGGAAACGACGCAUCCGCUCACUCCUUCCCACGUCGCGACCCUAAACGUUGCAACAACGACAGCAACUCGACCCGUAAUCAAGCGCGACAGCUCGUCUUCGACAACAAUGACUUCGGUUUCUGGCCAGGGCAGCUAUUUAGACCCUGACGCCAGCGAGGGUGACAGCUCUCCAUUCCUUGAUACGAGUGCGGGCAGAAUCGGCCAAGACCACCAACAAGAAAACGUAUCGCCGUCAAAGCCGCCGAGACCUAGACCAAUGUCUCGAAUCAUAUCGGGCGGCGAGCUCUCGCCGUUGAAGAUUCUACAAGACAGGCCAGCAGCCCCCGUGUCGCAGACGGCAGAGGGGAACCAGCCUCCUGCAAACGGCGAAAUGGCGCCACCUGCGUCGGCGGCACCUACAACGGUCCGGAGCCCGCGUAAGCCCUCCUGGCCCGACAGGAGGUUUCCCGUCCGCAUCAGCUCUCCCAAGGCGAACGGUGCAAACACAGCAUCGCCACCCCCUCACGCACCCUCGCCGCUGGCCAGUCCGCGAGCGGCGAGCCCCCGCGCCGUGCACGAGCGACACAUGAGCUUGGACAAUGUGAUGCGUGAGGACCCAGGGCUGCAAAAGGCCAUUGCGAUCCUGGAGGACGACACGACUGAGAUGGGCGAGUCGGAGGAGGAGGCGGACGACUUGACACUAAGCUUCGACGACAAGGGGCCGGCGGGCCUAGCCAUCAAUGGCGGAUCUGACAGGGGAUCAGAGGUCGGCGCGACUGCUGACGAGUCUGUCGGGCCGGAUGAUACCAUGUUGAGCACCUUCAGCACCUUCUCGGCGGUUCCAAAUAUGACCAUGUUUGCGAAAAUCGGCCACACCCCAAGCAAGCACGCCGACCUCGGCGUACCCACACCCAGAGCUAGUCGGGAUGGGGGGAGGCCAAGUUCGCCGUCAUAUGGGAGCAGACCGUCUCACUACUCGGAUGCCCGAGAUACCACCAAUUUAUUGCUGGAGUUUACCGAGCAGCUGCGCUUCUCGCAGGCGCAGCAACAAGCCCAGGCCCAUGGUCGAAUCUCGCCGUCCAGAACGACGCCCAACUUGGCACAUGGCGGUUCCGCAACGGUGGCGGCAACGCCCAAUCGCAAGAGCAUGGUAAACCUGUUGGACUUUGACAUCCCACCAAUGCCCACCCCGCGCAGCGUUCCUACAAUAACGCCGCGUGAGCUCGAGAGUCUGAAGUCAAACUUCUUAUCCGAAAUCAGCAGUCUCAAGGCCUCUCUGAGCGGCAAGGAGGCCGAGGCAAUGUCGCUCAAGGUAGCAGUUGGCGAUGCAGAGAAGCGUGUUGGGGCAUGCAUGGAACAGCUGCGAGAGGAGGAGACGAUGAGGGAGCAGAUUCAGGCCGAGCGGGACGACUGGGAGCGCCGCGGUCGAGAGAUGGAGGCGGUGCUCCGAAAGGUCAAAGAGGAGAUCGUCAUGGGCCAGCGCGAACGUGACGAGCUCGAGGCCAAGCUGGAUGAAUCAGAGAAGAGGCGAGAGAUGGCUGAGACGAUGGCACAGGAAGCCGAAAGUAAAGUUGCGGCGAUGCGCGCGGGCAAGGCUGCCGAAGCCGCUAUGGGCGGUGCCGACAGGGCGCCCUCUUCCUCUCCUGCCGGCCCCAAUGGUGAAAAGGCCCUGACGCCCCGCGAUGUCGAGAUGGCCGUGGAGAAGGUGGCCAGGGAACUGCAUGCGCUGUACAAGGGCAAACACACCGAAAAGAUCACAGCUUUGAAGAAGAGCUACGAGCGCCGAUGGGAGAGGCGUGUGCGGGAGCUUGAGGAGAAAAUCGAUGACCUCUCCCGCGAGAACGAGGAUAUCCGGGCCGGCCGGCAUGCAACCAUGACGCGCAUCGAUCCCGCUGCAGCAGCUCUCGAGGAGGAGCGCAAGGCAAAGGCCGCACAUGACUCGGCGCAAAUCACUGAAUUACAUGCCGAGGUAGAAAAGCUUGAGGCUGUGAUCAGAACGGUGCAGAUGGACAAUGACGAUAUGAGGAAAUUGUUGGAGCAGGAGCGGGUGGAAAAGGGAGAACUAGUCCAGCUCGCCGAAGAGAUGAUGAACAUGCAGCAGAGCUUCAUUGGAUCCAAUGCCACACCGGCUCCCAAGGUACCAACAACAGCUCGGAAGCAAGCUCCUGCGGCUGCACCGCAACAGGCACCCCCGACACCUUCGCGCGGUGCAGCCACGCCGGGAAGGCCCCUCUCGAGGAUCCAAGCCCCGGAGACGGUCCGAGCGGGCGCAAACCCCAACAGGAUCUCCGGACUCCGAGCUCCCGGGUCGAUAGCAGCGCCAAAAAGCCGGAUCGGUGGCCCCGCCCAGCAGUACCAACGCAACAAGAGCCCUACGCUCUCUGGCCCACAGGCCGGGCCCCGCAGUGGCAUCAUGAGCUCGAUCGAGAAGAUGGGCAGUUACAAAGGGCGGUUAGAGUAG